UCCAUGUCCGUGACCCCAAAACCGCAAACGAAAGCAGUCGUAGGGUAUCUCCCGAGUUCCCAUGGUGUCCUCGGCUGAUGUGAAGCAUACAAACCCGUUGGACUUCGUAUGGACGAGAAUGGAGCUGGCGGUGGUGGAGGUGGGCUCCGAGAGACUGCGUUGUCCUUCACAGGAAUCAUUUCCAUCAUCACCUUCUGCUGCUGCUCGACGAUGUCGUGUGUGGCGUUGUGCAUCAAGCUCGCCAGCUGGAUGUUCGGGCACCGCGGGAGGCGGCAGAGGGUUCCCUUGCUACCCCACGAGCAGCAAAACGAUGGCGAGGCCGAAGAACAACUCUACUCCCCGCACCACCAACCGGUCAUCAUCCUGGACACCAAUUCCGCAGAGAAGCGAAGCGGGUACACCCUGCACGCUUCGGAAAUCGAGCUUCGACAGGUGCCUUUCGGAAACUUAGAAGCGCAACGGGAGACUAAGAACUCAGACGAUGGCGACGACGACGUUGUAUUUUUGACGGGAGCACAAGCAGACCCCAACAAGAUUCGGAAGCAGCAGCACCUCAAGGGCAGCGCCUCACAGAUGGAGCGUGAUACGACGACGGGUACGUCGAUCAUGACGAGGGCUGGAACACCGUCGACGAACGGCGAACAGGAAGAUAGCAGUGAUUUUGGCGAAGAAGCAGACCAGGUGGUGGAUGAGGAGGAGGAAGAUGAGGAGGACGAGAAGGAGAGGCAGAAGGAGAAAGAUACCGAGCGCGGCGGGAAGACAACAAAAUAGAGGUGAAUUAAUUGCAUUUGCACAACUCAGCAGACAGCGUGGCGGGUCUCGCGCUUCUCGACUGAGUGUUUUACGAAGAACGGACGAGACGGCUGCUGUGCGGACGUAUCUUGAACAGCGAGGAGAACGUCUACGAAGUUGUCUAAGCCAUCAACAUACUUUUGUUCAGGAGGAAACGUAUAAGUACGCUCCGUGGAUCGGUUCGAUCGGUUCGACCUCUGUUAAUCGAAGCUUCGCUGACCGGAGAGUCCGUACGGUUUUCUGCUCGUGUCGGGGUAAUUCACAUCCAGGUUUUCGUUGUACAAAUACCUCGCUCUUUGUUGUCUGUCCUGAGAUGUCGCAAGAGACGUCUGUUAUUUUCUCAGCGAUUGCGGUAGGAAACAAUUCUUGUAAAUAUUUACUUUUUUUUUUGUGGAUGGAUGGAUGAUUUUUUGAUCGGAAGACGUGGCCAUGAGAGCCUCCUGGAACGUGUUUGCAAUUUCGAGGGGCAUCAACGUGCAGCUUUCGAGCCCAGCGUCGGCUUGAUCGAGGAAAAACGGGGACGCGGUUGCGGGGCAGCGAUGAGCCUAUCGGGGGUGCACGUGUCGGUGUGUUCUGCUGUGUUGGUAUCAGAUGUGUCAAUUUAGACAAGUUGGGUGUCCUUGGCGUAGACCGCCGUUAUUGUGUUGUUUUGGCCGAUCUACUUUACGUUGCAGCUGACGGCACCGCUAGAAGUACCAAAAGGGUGUGGUGGAGCCUCAAGCUAGGAACAUAAGAUUGUCAACGAGCUUGUGCCGAUACGUCUGCAGAUUGUCGUUGAGGUGGCGCCUAGUUGCGUAUGCAGCAGCCUGAAUUUAGUAAACGUUUUGAGAAUUUGAAAAUAUAUGCAGACGGCGAUUCUAAGCGAGGGUGCGACGGUGCAGUCGAAUAACUACGCAGGUGGAGAGAGUGCACGACGCGGAUGGAGAGAGUGCAUCGCUGGAAUCUAGUUUACUGCCUUCUUCUUUAGGCUUGGUGUAUUGUAAUUCUGUUGUGCACGUUUUUUUUUACACGGUGGUAUUGGCUAUUGCAAAGGCAGUGAUAAUUGCACUAGUGGUGCGCACCUCUUCACCCUUAAUGAAAGACGCUUCCCGCGGGUUGCAGUUAGUUAGAGAC